GCAGAGCUGCAGAAGGCCUGCUAGAGCCAGCUACUGCUGUUACAGAGAGAGAGAGAGAGAGAGAGAGAGACACACACAAAGAGAGACAGAGAGAGACAGAGAAAGAGAGAGAGAGACCGAGACAAGGAGGAGGAGAGAGACAGACACACCGGAUUGAGACUGGGAGCUUGUGUGUUCAUUUCAUCACCCAUUUAAGAACCAAGCAAGGAAGACAGAGGACGGCAGGAAGGAGAUUGAAAAAACAGCAGCCUCUGAAAAAGCGAAAGUGAGAGGUAAAGGAAGGGAGGAAGGAAGAGGGGUCUGAGGAGGGGUGUCUGACAUUGCUCGUCUCGCUUGACAGGCAGCAAGAUUUCUGCUUAGCCAGCCCACAUCUGCUUUUUUUUCCUUUUCCUCUUUCUUGGAGCGUUGUCCUCCAUCCUUUCUUUUCCUCUGAGCAAGAGGGAAAGAGAGCGUGAGAGAGGAGGAGGAGGAGGAGGGGAGGCAGCCCCCCCCUUUACACAGACACACAGCACAGAACGAAAGGAGAGAGGACGAAGCAGAGGAAACAGAGAGCCCGUUUUGUCGUUCCUUGCCGUCUCUGUCGUCCCUCGGCGAGCGAGCGGCUAACAGGCACCGCUCAUGUCCGUGAACUCUGAGAAAUCCUCGUCCCCCGAAAGGCCUGAGACCCAGCAAAAAGCCCCAGUGUCUGCCCCCCCUCUCCCGCCGCCCCCUCCACCCCCUCCUGAGCCGGCCGUCCCCCCAGAGCCAGAGGAGGAGAUCCUAGGCUCUGACGAUGAGGAGCAGGAGGACCCCGCAGACUACUGCAAAGGUGGAUACCAUCCGGUGAAGAUAGGGGACUUGUUCAACGGGAGGUACCACGUAAUACGCAAGCUGGGCUGGGGUCACUUCUCCACUGUGUGGCUGUGCUGGGACAUCCAGGUGAAGAACUUUGUGGCGAUGAAGGUGGUGAAGAGUGCUCAGCACUACACAGAGACAGCCCUGGAUGAGAUCAAACUGCUCAGAUGUGUGAGAGAGAGUGACCCCUCUGACCAAAACAAAGAGAUGGUGGUUCAGCUGAUUGACGACUUCAAGAUCUCUGGAAUUAACGGAAUACAUGUGUGUAUGGUGUUUGAGGUUCUGGGGCACCACCUUUUAAAAUGGAUCAUCAAGUCCAACUACCAGGGUCUUCCUCUACCCUGUGUCAAGAGUAUUAUCAAACAGGUUCUGCAGGGCUUGGACUACCUCCACAGCAAGUGUAAGAUCGUCCACACGGACAUCAAGCCGGAGAACAUCCUGAUGUGUGUGGACGAUGCGUUUGUCCGUCGCAUGGCCGUGGAGGCAACAGAAUGGCAGAAGGCCGGGGCGCCCCCACCCUCUGGAUCAGCAGUCAGCACAGCACCACAGGUCAAACCGGUGGGGAAGAUCUCGAAGAACAAGAAGAAGAAGCUGAAGAAGAAGCAGAAGCGUCAGACCGAGCUGUUGGAGAGACGCAUGCUGGAGAUCGAGGCCCUGGAGAAAGAGGCUGAGAAACAGAGGGCCACAGAGGGCCCCGAAGGUGAGGGGUUGACCCACUCCCCAAAACACGCACCCCGCAACGCGGCACUGGGGCCCGCCGUCGCACUGGGUGAGAGCGAUGACGACGAUGAUGACGAUGAAGAGGAUGGAGACGAGGAGGAGGAAGGAGAGGCAGAGAGGGAGAGGCCCACCAGGCUAACCAAUCACACCUGUGCUGCCCUACCCCAGGAGCAGUCAGAGGUUCCCCCCAUGCCAGAGGCAGCAGCAGAGCAGGAGGGGGAGCCCACCCCCAGCCCUGCUCCAGAGACAGAGACACAGACCCCCACACCCACUCCCACCACACCUGGGGAUGGCAACACAGCCAAUCCAGAGGGCCAGGCCGAGGAGGAGGACGAGAAGGAGGAUUGGAAAGAGGCCGUAAAGGAAGAGAAGGAGGAAGAGGAGGAGGAUGGGGAAGAUGACGAAGAGGACUUGGUUACAGCUCCGGCCGAGCCGCCGCCGGCGGUAGAGAAAGAGGAGAAGGAGGGGAGAACAGAGGAGGAGGAGAAGGGUGAGGAGACCAAGGAGCAGGAAACGGACAAAGAGGAAGAGGACGACGACGACGAUGACGACGAUGAUGACGAUGAUGAUGAUGAUGAGGAAGAAGACGAUGACGCCGAUGAAACAGAGACUGGCGUUGACGACCUCAGCAACUCCACCUCCACCACCACGGGCCAGAACAACAACACCCACAAAACCAACGGCCACGUCCUACUGGGGGGUGAGGAGAGGGAGAGGGAGAGAGGUCCCAGAGCCAACCAUCCAGUCCCUACCUCCUCCCCCAUCCAUCUGCACUGCCCCCUGGUGGAGUCAGAGUUCAGCUGCACGGACAGGGACCAAAGCUCCCUCAGCUCCUUCUAUGAGCUCUUCAACGGCGAGGUGGUUACGCCAGGCCUGACCAACGGGGCGCAGCGCCACAGGGGCACGGCGCCACGCUUCCCAGAGUUGCCGCUGGACCCCGACCCGGGAAUCACCGUCACAGUGGGCGGAGCAGGUCAACCGGGGGGCGCGACCUCCCCUCACAGCCCCUCUGCAGACCGCAGCCGUACUGUGUCGUUGUCUAGCACCGGGGACAUGCCUAAAGAUGAUGUGGUUCUAGCCAAGGCCAAAGCAGCAGACCUGCUGGUCAACCCCCUGGACCCCCGCAACGCUGACACACUCCGAGUCAAGAUAGCUGACCUGGGCAACGCCUGCUGGGUGCACAAACACUUCACAGAGGACAUCCAGACCAGACAGUACCGCUCCAUAGAGGUCCUGAUAGGAGCUGGCUACAGCACUCCUGCUGACAUUUGGAGCACCGCCUGCAUGGCGUUUGAGCUGGCUACAGGAGACUACCUGUUUGAGCCCCACUCUGGAGAGGACUACUCCCGGGAUGAGGAUCACAUCGCUCUGAUCACGGAGCUUCUGGGGAAGGUUCCACGCAAAGUGGUCGCCGCCGGGAGGUACAGCCGAGAGUUUUUCUCCAAGAAAGGUGAGCUGAGGCACAUCACCAAGCUGAAGCCCUGGUCCCUGUUUGAUGUGUUGGUGGAGAAGUACGGCUGGGCCCCUGAGGAUGCCGGCCACUUCACCCACUUCCUGCUGCCCAUGCUGGAGAUGGUCCCCGAAAAGAGGGCCUCGGCUGGGGACUGCCUCAGCCACCCCUGGCUCAACUCGUAGCGGCACCAGCCCCCCCCACACACUGCUCAAAGCUAGGCACUCAAGACUGGAGGGAGAGGGGGGAGGAGGAGAGGGAAAUGGGAGACUUUCUUGGUCCUGCCCUGCCUCGCCCUGAGCCCUCCACACACACACACAUAUACACACACACAUAGGUAUGCACACAUGUAAAACAGACACCCGCAGAGCCUCAGCAGGUAGAAACAACAAGGCUGUCAUCGACCAGAUAGAGAAAAGCUGCCCCUCUGCGGUCCUCCCCAUAAGUCCCAUACAACCCCUCACAGGAGGAAUAGAGCGGCCCAGGAAUGGAGUUGGACGGAGUUAAACUUCCACGAUUCUAGACAGGUAGGACAGAGAUCCCUGCACAACAUGGGGAGCAGCCAUGGUCAGGACUGUGUCUUCCAAGACAUCUCCUACUUAGAAAGGCCAUGCAGUCUGAACAGAAACUAACCCGCUCAUAUGAAUGGGUUGUCCUGACCAGUCUUAUCCUGAACCUAGACCUGUCCUCCACCCUGGGAUUCCUAUUGGCAGUCAAUGAGCACCACAGAAUGCUGACUGUGUGAUAGCUCCAUCUGCCUGACCUUACAACAGCACGGCCUAAACCUGCUGAGGCAGAAGUGUGUGUAUGUGUGUAUGUGUGUGUGUUAUUAGUCUGGGUCUGCACUGCACAUUCUGUAGGUGCAACAGGCAAGUGUAUGUACAUCCCUCUCCUACAAAGGCACAACAAGACUUCCAAAUUAGGAGUCGGCCCUUCACAUUACUCCUCUCAUCCCUCUCCAGCCCCUGCCCCCUCCCUCACUCUGCAGGAGUACUGUGCCCCCCACCCCUGCCCAGGACUGAAGCAGUGUUGUUGAACUGUUUACAUCCCCCCCAAAGACCCAGUCCCCUGCCCUGUUCAGCCCCCCUAGCCACCCAGCCAACAACACAGCUCCAGUCCCAUCCCCAGCCACCAGGGUGUCCCAGAACUGAACUGCUACCACACAGACAGACAUACAGACAGACAGGGCAUGGAACAAACAAAGAUCCUAAAGACUGAUACUCGAUGAGCCGGACUGCUUGAUCUGUAAAGAGUUUAACUGUUGGGAAAAGGAGUGACGUGUACGGAGAGGCUGAUUGACAGGAAGGGGUGAUGAUGGUAAUGAUGGACGGAUGUUACUUAAGAGUUGUACAUUUCAUUGGUUUGUUUGUUUUAGUUUUCUUCCUGUCUUUUUAUUUCAAAAAGUGAAAGGAGUCACCUUUUUGGUGCCCCGUGUGAGGUUAUCCAAAGUCCAUUUUUUCCUUUUUCGAAUCCUCCCUCCCUUUGACAUUCCUGAUUCAGUCACACCAUUCCUGACCUCUUUUCAUUUUUAUCCGUAAAACAAGAACAAUCCUUAUGAGUCCCUGUGGCGUGGCACGUUUACCAGAUAUGAUUAUUCCCCCCUGUAACAUUCACAGGAAAACCUCAAACUUGAUCCUUAGCUUCUCCAGAAGGGGUUAGUCAAAUGGAGGUUGCACUUGUCUUUGUAGAUGUUGUUCAGGGAUAUAUCUUUGUACAUAACUCUGAGAUCUGGUUCUGGAGAUAAGACCGACUUACAGAAAUGAAGAAAAAAAACACAUGCAUCAUUCCUAAAAGAGGCUGUGACAUGGACAUGGAUCUGUCCUCCAGAGCAGACAGUGGCGAGAGGCUGAGCCAUUCUGGAGGCCACCAGAAUAUGAAACUGUGCCACUCUGUGGCUGAUGAGGGUACUGCAUUCCUGCACACUGCAGCGCCUCUCAGUGCCAAUGCUUCUACGUUCCACUCCACUUCUCUCUCUCUCUCACACUCAUCACAAUUAGUCCAGUUGCCUAUUUUUCGCAAUAAAAUAAAAGUGAGUAUAAGUAAAUGGUGAGAUAUUUUUUAAAAUAUUUAAUUAAUUUAAAGAAGAAAAAAAAGAUACAAAAAUUAUCUGGUUGUUGUGAAAGUGACCGAAUCUCGUCCUGUUGAGGUGAUUGUGUUUGUCUGUUUUAGAGAUGUUAUUUCUUUUGUAAUUAUUAUUGUUAUAUUAUUAUUACUGUAAUUGAUCUGAUUAGUUAUUUUUUACUCAGUUGUCACCUCUUCCUCCCCUCUUACAUGAACAGUGCUGCUCUAUUUGGACUUGUGACGGUGAUGAAAUUGAUCAAACAUUUUUGCAAUAAUAGUAAAUUAUGAUUUUUUUGCACCAAAAGCUCCUGAUCUCACUCUCAGCCAUGCUGACUGUUCUUCCUGACAUCGAUAGAAUCGCGUCUCUUUUCUGUGUUUUUCAUUGACAGAUUUAAUAAAAUUGUAAAUUAAUGGA